AUGGAAAAGAUCACUAUGCUUUAUUUUGCAGCUGCAAAGGACAUUACAGGAAAAGAACAAGAAAUGAUUCAAAUAAAAAAUAACUGGACUUUGACUGAUUUGUCAACUUGUUUAGUACAACAAUAUGGCACCAAUUUAAAAGAACUCUUAUCGACCAGUAUGUAUGCAAUAGAUAUGGAAUAUAUUGCCAAAGACCAAGAAAGAACUAUUUUAAUUCAACCCAACAUGGAAAUCGCCAUUAUUCCUCCUGUUAGCGACACUUUUUAUCUUGUAGCCUCGAGUAUAGCAGCUCUUAUAGCCCGUUCAGUAACAUAUCCUUUGGAUACAAUAAAAACACGUUUACAAACCAAAUCCAAUACCUACACGGUUUUAGUAGACCAUGAACCCACAAAAGAAAAAUGGUUCAGAACAAUAGCUGCGCUUUAUCGAGGGAUAGGCAUUACACUGUUAUUUUCUGUACCUGCCCUGACAGUCUACCUUACCUGUUAUGAGUAUUCCAAGUCUUAUCUAGACUCAAUUUCAACAUGGUUACAUAAAGAUGCGUUGAUCAACCAUGCGCUAUCUGGCUGUGUUGCAGAGUUAUCUGCAGGCAUUUUUUUCACACCAAUGGAAGUCACCAAGAGCCAAUUACAAAUCAUGGACUAUACCACAAUAGGACUUGUUAAAACAAUUGCCCAACACGAUGGUAUGGCUGGAUUUUAUCGUGGUUAUUGGAUGUCGAUUGCCGUCUUUUUACCUCAUUCAAUUGCUUAUUUUAUUGUGUACGAGCAACUCAAGAGCUACUGGGAAGUACGAGAUCAGACAUUCAUGGUUUAUUUGUUCUGUUCUGCUGUAGCAAGUACAAUAGGUAUUAUUAUUUCCACACCUUUAGACAUUAUCAAGACAAGGUGGCAAGUAUCUUCUCAAGAACAGGCUUAUAGAGAGGGUCCUAUCAAGAUUGCUCGUGAUAUGUGGCGAUAUGAAGAAGGGCCCAAAGCGUUUACACGGGGAAUGCUUGUCCGUAUUGCCUGGGGAAUUCCUGUUACUACCAUUAAUAUGACUGUAUUUGAGUCCUUAUUGAAGGUGCACAAUAGCAGUUAG